GGGUUUGAGAAAACGAUAUCGAUACGCCCACCUUUCUUCCUGUCAAAACAAAAAUUGUCUGAUUUCUGAUUUUUUUGUCCUCUUUCCUUGAUUUUUAUGUCCUGGAUUUAUCAAUGCGGAUGCUUUUCAGCAAGCUAGUAAAGCUUAUUCACUGGUUUUAAGUAAUAAAUUUCGAAUACGAUUAGUAAUAAUGUUUAUGCAGUAUAUGAAAGAGCUCGAGCAGGAGCCGUUUGACGCAGAUGAAUUUGUUGAGAGACUCGCAUGGAGAACGGUAUCCUUGACUAAAGACGAAGGCGAUCAACAACAGUUUGAUCCUAUCCUGCUGAACGACACAUUUGUUCAGGCCAUCAAAGAUUUGCAACUUCUCCAUGAGCGUCAACAGAAAAAGUGUGAAAAACUUGAGAACGAAUGCAGAGAUGAUGAAGGGAGACACUACCAGGCAGUUAGCUCCCUGCUUGAAAAGAACAGAUCUGCAGUCUCCUCUUUUCAAAAGUUGGAUGAGCGGAUCAACUCGGUGGCAACCAAAGUGCUGCACCUUGGUGACCAACUCGAAAGCGUCAACACGCCUCGCUCAAGGGCUGUUGAGGCUCAGAAGCUAAUGAACCACUUUGCUGAAUUUCUCGGACCCGGCCCACCCAUAUCAGAUGUGUUCACUGAUCCCAGAAAAAUUAACGAAGCCGCAGAUAUUAUCCAAAAGCUACAUUUAAUAUCUCAAGAGCUACCCGACAAGUUUGACUCGGCAAAGAAGAAGAUUGGGAAGCACUACAAAGUUAUCGAAGAGCAGCUGAUCGAGGACUUUGUGAAGGCUCAGAGGUCUAACAACAAGGCUCGGAUGAAAGAAAUUGCUGCCAUUCUGUACCACUUCAAGAGCUACUCGCAGUGCAUUGACGCAUUCAUCGAGCAGAGCCUCAUGGGUGCCUUUACUGGAAAAGAUAUUUUUGUUUUGGUCAUUCCGCUCUGCGAGAAGAAUUUUUCUGUAAUGAAAGAGGUUUUCAGUAAUCCAGAACAAGUUAUGGCCAAGUUUGUGCUUAACAUAUUUGAGCAGCUACAGACAUAUGUCGUAAGCACUUUGUCCGGCAAACCUGGUUCAGAAAAUUACUUGAAAAACUUGGCUGAUGCUUAUUCUAAAACUGUGAAACUGACGGCGGACCUGUCUCGAUUUGACAUGGGCAGUGAUAACUCAUAUCUGAAUAUGCUCACCACAAAAACAUUCCAAAAGUAUCUCGAUACUUAUGUAAGUGACGAGACUCGAUUGUUGAGAGAAAAAUGCUCAAACCUUUUGCUGAACUACUACAAUUCUAAAAAGCACCAAAAGAAAGCAAUCCAGAGUGGAGGCUUCCAAGAUCUGAGGAGAGACUUGCAAGCAGUAAUUGGAACCAGGGCCAACAUCAACAUUGCCCAAAUUGAAAAUUACGGAGGCGAAACAUUUUUAUCAGAGGAGAUGGCCAUCACAAUCUUGCAGGAAAGCAAAUUUGCCUUUCACAGAUGCCAACUGCUCUCAAAUUCUAAAGACACUGCAAACUGCGCUUCCCUAAUUUUGGAGAUUCUGCUGCAAUACCUUGUGGUGGAGCACAUCGAUUAUGCUGUUGACUUGGGUCUGCAGGCUGUUCCAAUUCCUGAGAGCAAAAACAAACCACAGAUCUACUUUUUUGAUGUGGUCAGACAAUGCAAUGCUAUAAUCCACCUGCUGGAAAAACAGUUCACAGACAGUGUUGUUCCCCUAAUUGCCUCCACUCCGAAGCAUUCCGAGUGCCUUCAAAAGAAAAAGCAGUUGUUGGAACAAAUUGAAACCAAACUGGACAUAGGCCUGGACCGGACAAUCAACGCCAUUGUCGGCUGGGUAAAAAUAUACUUGCAGAGUGAGCAGAAGAAGACAGACUUCAAACCAGAGACUGAUGUUGACACCUUGUCUUCACAGCCCUCCUUGAAUGUGGUUCAGUUUAUGAAUGGAAUGACCAAACGGUUCAGAGACAGCUUAGAUGGGAAAAAUGUGGACAAUUUCCUCAUGGAACUUGGUGUUCGCUUCCACAGAGUGAUUUUCGAGCAUCUUCAGCAGUUUCAGUACAACUCUGCUGGUGCAAUGUGCGCAAUUUGUGAUGUGAACGAGUACAGGAAAUGUGUCAAGGCCUAUAAGCAGCCACUGGUGGAUACCCUGUUUGACUCUCUGCAUGCACUUUGCAAUUUGCUCCUUGUAAAGCCAGAAAAUUUGCAGCAAGUGUGCAAUGGAGAGCAACUUGCUGGGCUGGACCGGUCAAUUUUGCUGAACUUUGUUCAGCUGCGCAGUGAUUACAAGUCUCAGAGAUUAGCAAAUACAUUAAAGGGACUGGCUUCUUAAUUGUUUUCAGUUUAUUUGUAAAUAAACUAAAUAGAAUGUCUUUAUAUUGAAUUAUGUUGAAAUUUAAUAAUAACUUAAUGUAUAAUCUGUUUCAAAACUUAAUUUUAUUUCUUUG